AUGUCGCUGACCAUCGAGGAGCUCUCUUCGGAACCUUACUGCCAGGGCCAUCUUUUUGCCGAUGACAUGCCGGAGAGUCAGAAGAAAGCCCUCUUGGAACAGCUGAAUGCGAUCGAUGGCAGUCUGCCGGGUGGCGGACUGAAGGGCUACCUGGACCGUGGGCGUUCCUUGCUCCAAGAGGCCCAAGCCGGAGUGAACCCCUUUGCCGGGCUGGUGCCUUCGGUGCCGGAGGGGCAGCAGCUCUUCGGCGAGACGGGCCCUGGCAGCGCUACAUUUGCUGCUGCGGAGGAGCUGGGCAUGGCAGAGUUGUCGAAGUGCUGCUUUUGCCUCGUGGCCGGCGGCCUUGGCGAGCGCUUGGGCUUCCCUGGCAUCAAGAUCGGCAUCGUGACGGAAGUCAUCACGGGGACCACGUUCAUCGAGCUGUUUUGCUCGUACAUCCUGGCAUGUCAAUCUUAUGCACGCACCGACACUGGUGAUUCUGGCCUGCUGCUGCCACUCGCCAUCAUGACAUCGGGCGACACUCAUGACAAAACCGUUCACAUGAUGAGAGAAAACGCUUUCUUUGGGAUGGUGGAGGAACAGGUGCAUUUUCUGAAGCAGGAAAAGGUACCUGCACUUGUGGACGUUGACGCCCACAUUUCUGCAAAGGAUGGUUCAAUCGAAACAAAGCCGCAUGGCCAUGGUGACAUUCAUGGGCUCAUGCAUCAACGGGGCCUCGCCAAGCGCUGGGUGGAAGAGGGCCGGCGCUGGCUCUUCGUAUUUCAGGACACAAAUCCACUGCACUUCCGUAUCCUUUGUGCUUUGCUUGGUGUCUCUGCGAAGAACGGCUACGUCAUGAAUUCCGUGGCCAUUCCCAGGAUACCCGGCGAAUCCAUUGGUGGCAUCUGCAGGCUCACGAGUCCUUCGGGCACCGCCAUGACCCUGAAUGUUGAGUACAACCAACUCGAACCGCUCCUGAAAGAGACUCCGGCUGGUGGCGAUAUACCGGAUGACUCGGGAUACUCACCGUAUCCAGGGAAUAUAAAUGUGCUGCUGUUCCACUUGCCCAGGUAUUCCGAGUGCCUAGACGGCAGCGGCGGCAUCGUACCAGAGUUCAUCAACCCGAAGUGGGCGGACCCUGCCAAGACUCGGUUCAAAUCGUCGUCGCGCCUGGAAUGUAUGAUGCAGGAUUUCCCGCGACUGUGCGGACCAGGUGACAAGGUCGGAGUCACACAAGUGGAGCGAUGGAUUUCAAAGACAUCCGUCAAGAACAACCUGGCAGAUGCUUUGAAGAAGAAUCCGCCGGAAUGCGCGCUGACGUGCGAGGCGGACUUAUACUUAUGCAAUGUGCGGCUGCUGCAGCUUGCGGGUGCCGACAUCGAGGAACCAGAUGAGGUGUCCUUCCUGGGUAUAGUUGCCAAAAUCGGAGCGAAGAUUGUGCUCAAGCCUUCUUUCGCGAUUUCUCUGGUGCAGCUACAGAAGAAGCUGAAAGGAAGGAUUGCCAUCUCGAAAAGAUCCACCUUAGUCUUGGAGGGCGAUGUGGUGGUGGAUGGUCUGGAGCUGGAUGGGGCCCUACACCUUGCCGGCACGGGAUGCGCAAGAGGACUUCAGGUACAGAAUCGGGGAGUCUCCAUCGUCGGCAUUCCAGACUCCGAGUUGGCGGACGCGAGCCCAUCCCAUCAGAUCCGCGGGUACAAGGCAGACAUCCUCGAAAUGACCAGCAGACAUCUUGAAGGAGAUACAGGCUGA